UCCUUAAUUAUUCUUUACGGACAAAAAAAAAAAAUCUCUCUUUUCAAAUCCAACGUAAAGCUUUCCCCUUGCUAUAAGAGUUACGGCUCCCCUCUGUCUUCUCAUCGAAGUCUUUCGCCACAAAGUCCAUUCCAUAGUGAGCUCAGGAGAUCUCACGGGAAAACAUGUCCGACGCCGUUGUUCAUGUGGCUCUCCUCCACUCCGCCGGCGCGGGUCAUCUAACUCCAUGUUUGAGACUCGCUGCGUUGCUCGUAAACCGCCAUUGCAGAGUCACUCUCAUCAGUCCUCAUCCCACAGUUUCUAUGGCCGAAUCUAACCUCCUCUCCCGCUUUCACUCUGCUUUUCCUCAGGUCUCUCUUCUUCCCUUUCAUCUCCUUCCUUUAGAUGCUUCCACUGCAAACUCCGACGACCCUUUCUUUCUUGGAUUCGAAGCAAUCCGUCGCUCUUCCCACCUUCUGCCUUCUCUUCUCGCUUCGGUCUCUCCUCCAAUCUCUGUUUUUCUCUGUGAUGUGUCUUUGAUAUCCCCUGUUCUUCCAAUUACAGAGACCCUUCGUAUUCCCUUUUACAUCCUUUUUCCUUCUUGUGCUAGGAUGUUUUCCCUUUUCUCAUCCGUGCCCAGAUUCAUUUCAUCCAUAUCUGAAUUAGAUUUUGUGGACAUUCCAGGAGUUUCAGCCAUACCCAGAUCGUCAAUCCCACCUCCUCUUCUUCACCCCGACAAUGUCUUCGCUAACAUAUUAAAAGAAGACAGUCCCAAGCUCCCAAAAACACGCGGCAUUUUGAUGAAUUCAUUCGAAGCAAUAGAAACAAAUGCGCUUGAGUCUCUGAACACCGGAAAAGUUGUCAAAGAUAUGCCUCCCGUAUUUCCCAUCGGGCCUAUCAUGCCAUGCGAGUUCGAGAAGAAUGAAACACAACAAACAAACUCUUCGAUAGUGAAGUGGCUGAACGAUCAGUCUCCUGGGUCCGUCGUGUACGUAAGCUUCGGAAGCAGAGUAGGCAUGUCCAGCGAGCAAAUAAGGGAAAUCGGAAACGGGUUGCUGAAAACCAGGUUUAAAUUUCUGUGGGUAGUGAAGGGUAAGAAGGUAGACAAGGACGAGGAAGACGAUUUAGAGGAAGUGUUGGGGGCGGAGCUGAUGAAGAGAUUAAAGUCAAAGGGAUUGGUAGUGAAAGAAUGGGUUGAUCAAAGUGAAAUUCUGAGUUACAGUUCAGUGGGAGGGUUCGUGAGCCAUUGUGGAUGGAACUCGGUGCUUGAAGCAGCAUGGCACGCCGUGCCGAUUUUGGGAUGGCCUCAGAUGGGAGACCAUAAGGUGAACGCAGAGGCGAUGGAGCUGAGUGGGAUGGGAAUGUGGAAGAGAGAAUGGGGUUGGGCUGGAGAGAAAGUGGUAAAAGGAGAAGAGAUCGGAGACGCCAUUGAUGAGAUGAUGAAGAAUGAAGGUUUCAAGAUGAAAGCAGAGGAGUUGAAACUGGCAGCGAGGAAGGCCGUGGGUGGUGGUGGGAGUACUGAGUUAGCUAUUCAGAAAGUGAUUAAUGAGUGGAAGAAGAUGAACCAUUGAUAUGUGCGAGAACGUACGUGUGAGGAUCGAUGGUGGUAUAACUGAAGAAGAAGCAGCAGCCAUGCAUGCAUGGCGGCGUGCUGUCACAAUAAUCUUCAAGUCUGCAGAGAGAGAUCUAGGGUUUAGAGUUAAGUUCUCUAUAUUAUAAGUAUUUGUUAGUUUGCUUAAUUAGUUCAUGCAUUGGCCGGAGUAAUUGCUUCCUGCAUUAUUGCUAAUAAAUUGUUAA